AUGAGUUAUUUAGAAGGUGCUUCCACCGCGGCUGACCCAUCGGGAAGGAGAGGUUCGGAUGCAUCGAUUGGCGUGGAUUCCGAUACUUGGCAGCUGCCUCUUCCUUCGGGAGAAUACGAGGUGUUUCUGAACUUCAGAGGUCCGGACACCCGUUAUCAGAUCACCGAUAUCCUCUAUCGGUUUCUGGUUCGCUUGAGGAUUCGAACAUUUUUAGACGAUGAGGAUCUCCGGGAAGGGGAAGGGAUAUGGCCAAGCCUCGUCGAGGCCAUCGAGCAAUCGAAGAUUUACGUUCCGAUUUUUUCGGAGGACUACGCCAACAGCAAAUGGUGCCUCAGAGAGCUGGCCGCUAUUGUUGAACGCCAAAAACACGAGGAGGGUUGCAUCAUACUCCCCAUUUUUUACAUGGUGAAUCCCAGCGACGUACGACAUCAAACCGGUCCUUUCAAGAAGGCAUUUCGAAAGCGGGCGAGGAGUUUUGAUGAGAAGAGUACCGUACAGGAGUGGAGAGAUGCUCUGAGUAAAGUUGGAGCUCUGAAAGGAUGGCAUGUCGAAAGCAACGAUAAGCAGGGAGCUAUUGCGGAUCUUGUUUCUAGCAUUUUGCUAAGUAGAGAUAAGGGACCAAGCCAAGUGCAGGCACUCAGAGUGAAUUCAGGAUCAUUUGUUGCGAAGGAGAUGGCAAGCGACUGUUUCGUAAAUUUGUCGGAGUUGAGAUAUUUGGACGCAGAAUAUACAAUGCUCAUUGGAGAUUUCAGUAAUCUUCUACCAAAGAUGAGAUGGUUUCGUCUGCACUACCACCGAAAUGCGGGUCAUAAUAAGCUGACUAAUUUGAAGAUGGAGAAUUUGACAAUUCUUGAUCUCCAUUCAAGCGAUGUUCCAUAUGAUUGGGGAGGUUGGAGCAAUAUCAUCAAGGUGGCAGAAAAGCUGAAGGUUCUAGAUCUUGCUAAAUGUUAUAACAUGACGAGACUUCCCUGCUUCCCAACAUCUGGCAGUCUAGAGAUACUGAAUCUCAGUUGCCUCAUGGUGAGAUCUGCGGACCUAGAUCUUGGGAAUUUAAGCAACCUGAAAGUGCUGCUCCUGAAGGGUGGUGGAGUAAGAAAGAUAACGGGUGGAACCAUUAGGGUGCUUAAACAGCUGCGAGAGCUUGAUAUCACAGAAUUCCGUUGUGAGAAUCUAGGAGAAUCCCUUGCUGACAUUGGGGAACUACAGGCUCUUAAACACUUGAGAGCAAGUGGCACUGAUAUUGUGGCGACACAUGGAACUCGGGCUGGGAUUCGAUUACCCACAAGUUUGAAGGAGCUGAUCACUUCAUCUCCCAUUGCUAACCUUUCCGAGCUGAUCGAGAUGGAGACAUUAGUUGUUAGAGACUGUUCCUAUGGGCUUGAGAUCCCCCCAGCAGACACCAUGUGGUGGAAAUUGUCCAAGUUGAAGUCUAUGGAACUCUAUGGAACAAGGAUGACGAUGACGACGAUUAGUCUUCGACCUUUCGGGCUGCUUCCUUCAAGUCUAACCAGGCUGGAUAUCCGUGAAUAUUGGGGGCUGGAUUGGCUCCCGAAUUUAGAGAAUCUGGAAAACUUGACUUUGCUAUCCAUUCAUGACUGCCCAGCGCUCAAGGAUAUCCAAGGCUUAGGAGGGUUAAAAUCUUUGGAAAUUCUGAUCAUAGAUAGAGUGAGUUUGAGUAAUCUUCUAGGCCUUGACUGUCUUGUGGCUUUGAAAACGUUGGAAAUCUCAAGCUGUCAUGCGUUGCGAAGGCUGCCCAGCCUCGCGUCUUUGAGCAAUUUAAGCAGAUUUCAUUCGUUUGAAUGUCCUCGUCUCGUUGAAAUCCAAGGCAUUGAAGGCCUGGAAUCAUUGCAAGUGCUCAGUAUUGUGAGUGAAGAUAGCUUAAGUCUCCUCGAAGGCCUUGGAACUCUGAUGUCCUUUAACAAGCUGCAGAUUUUACAGAUAUGGGGUUGCCCUCUUCUCACAUCACUAUCAUCCCAUGUCCAGCAGCAUCUUGGUGAUGGUGGCGGCGGCGCGAGCCGAUUAGUACUUAACUCAUUACGAAAACUGUCCAUAGGUGGAGCUGCAUUGCUGCUGCAGACUAGCUUCGGCCAGAUGCUUCAUCUGUCUAAGUUUCCGAGGCUUCUGGAGUUGGAAAUUGAGCAGACGGAGGAUGAUGAUGUAGACAAGGAACUGCUGCUGGAGGGGCUCGAUUCCUUGGAAGAGUUGACAAGACUCACGUUGCGUGGCUUGGCAACACAGAAACUACCUUCCCUGUCAAAACUGCAAAAGUUGGAAGCGUUAACUGUCACCGGUGCUUCAAAUUUGCGUGAGAUUGAGGGCAUUGCAGAUUUGAAAUCUUUGGAAUGGCUAGUUCUCCGUAGUUGCACAUCAUUUGAAACAUUACCAGAGGGACUGUCUGGUUUGAAGCGAUUGCGGCAAGUUAACAUCGAAGGAUCCACCAACUUGACUGGCCUCUUUGCUCUAAGCUACCUACCGCCUAAUGUUUAUGUAUGGGCCCCGAAUCUUCUAUAG